CGUGUCUCGAUCCUCCUUGCAUUCACAAACAACAGCUUCUUCCUCUCUCUCUCUCUCUCUCUCUCUCUCUCUCUAACCUACUUCUAACUCCAAGAGCCCAGACAAGCUCCUUUGCUGUUUGUUUCUUCUUCCUACAUAUCCUGUUCUUGUUUUUAGCAUGAACGUUGAGAACAAGAACGUGUUUCUUGAGUAAAGAGAGUUUGGUUUCUUGAUUCUUGCUGCUGCUGCUCUUCAUUAAUUUACGUGAAAAUUAAAAGGAUAUGGCCUCUCCGUCUGAGCUAACCCUGGAUUGCAAACCCCACAGCUAUUCUAUGCUAUUGAAAUCUUUUGGAGACCAGAAUGACCAGACUCAAAAGAUUGAAGAGUUUCUCUCUUGCCUUGAGGAAGAAAGGCUAAAGAUCGAUGCAUUCAAGCGCGAAUUGCCCCUUUGCAUGCAACUUCUCACCAACGCUAUGGAGACUUCAAGGCUGCAAAUACAAGCCUAUAGAGCAAAUCAGGGGCCAAGGCCCGUUCUUGAAGAAUUCAUACCACUCAAAAACACUCCCUCUGAAACCUUGGAUAAGUCCUCAAACAUCUCUGAUAAGGCAAACUGGAUGACUACAGCUCAACUCUGGAGCCAAGAAAGCAACGAAACCAAACCUCAAACCACAUUAACCGCUUCCCCUAAAGAAACUAAUCUAGGAUUCAAUGUUAGUUCCAAGCUGGGUUUAGACACCAAACAAAGAAAUGGAGGAGCUUUCCUUCCAUUCUCAAAAGAACGAAACCUGUGUCCAAGCCCAACCUUGGCUCUUGCUUCUGCUGAGCAAGAAACGGAAGACAAGAAAUGUUUGGAAAUUGAAAGUGGGUUUUCUUGUUCAAAGAGAGAGAAUCCUGGUAAGAUUGGCAAUAAUAAUGGUGGGGUAAUAGUAAUUGAACCAGGAAAAGGGACAGGUAAUUCAUCUUCUGAUGGGCAAGCAACAAAUGCUGUGACAGGUAAUGGUACAGAUAAUAAUACAACUUCUAGCACUACAACAAGCUGUCAAACUCAUAGGAAGGCAAGAAGGUGUUGGUCCCCAGACUUGCACCGGAGAUUCGUGAAUGCUCUGCAAAUGCUUGGAGGUUCUCAAGUGGCCACACCAAAACAAAUCAGAGAGCUCAUGAAGGUUGAUGGUUUGACCAAUGAUGAAGUUAAAAGCCACCUGCAGAAAUAUAGGCUUCACACAAGGAGACCUAGUCCAAGCCCACAAACAGCUGGAGCCCCAACACCUCAGCUCGUCGUUCUAGAAGGCAUAUGGGUCCCGCCGGAGUAUGCCACCGCAGCUGCAGCAGCUCACAGCUGGGCCCCUACCCUCUAUGGUACCCACCCAGCUUCCCAUGCACCGCCACCUCACUUUUGUGCCUCACCACCUGUUCCCCAAGAAUUUUACACUGCAGCAGCAUCAGGUCCAUCUCCGCCGCCGCCUCCUCACCACCAACACCAAACAUUCCAUCACCAACUACAUCUGUACAAGGCCACAUCACAGGCUCAUAGCUCGCCGGAGUCUGACGUAAGGGGCACUGGAGACCGAUCUGAAAGCAUUGAAGAUGGAAAGUCAGAAAGCAGCAGCUGGAAGGCUGAGAGUGGCGAGAAUGGUGGAGAGAGAAAAGGUUGGCUGCAUUGAUUGAAGAUGGCAAUGAAAGCAACUGAAGUGAGAUAAGUCUCAAGCCUCUGCGGCAUUAGGAUUAGGGUUUAGGGUUAAUUAGGUUUUGGAGUUUCAAUUUCUAACUGCGAUGUGCUAUGUAUUAACUCUAUUCUCUAUUUGAUGUCAAAUAUCUUCCAUAGAGAGAGAGAGAUAGAGAGAGAGAGAGGAGUGAAAAGGGCAUAAGGAGAAAGUGAGUGUUUGUAUUGUUCUUGGUAACAUCCUCCAUGAAAAUGAUUGAAACAUUGUUUUCUUUUUUUGUUC